AUGGAAGGAAAUAUGAAUAUGUCACACGUCGCUAUUCCACUCUUUGAUGGUGAAAGCUAUGAUCUAUGGGCGGUAAGGAUGCAAACAUAUCUAGAUGGGCUAGAUCUAUGGGACGUUGUGGAGGAAGAUGAUGUUCCCUUGUCUAAAAAUCCCACCGCGGCUCAAAUGAAAGCGCAUAAAGAAAAGAAAACAAAGCGCAUAAAGAAAAGAAAACGAGAAAGGCGAAGGAUCAUGACUCUAAAGUCUCCCAAAGAAAUCUGGGAAUACUUGAAAGCAGAAUAUGAAGGGAACGAGAAGAUUCGAGGCAUGAAAGUUUUAAACUUGAUAAGGGAAUUCGAGAUGCAAAGAAUGAAAGAGUCAGAGACGAUUAAAGAAUACUCAAACAAAUUGUUGGAUAUUGCCAACAAGAUAAAAUUGUUGGGAAAAGAGUUUCCAGAUUCCAGACUUGUUGAGAAAAUUCUGGUGACGGUGCCGGAAAGAUAUGAGGCAUCUAUUGCUUCCUUAGAAAAUACAAAAGAUUUGUCUACAAUCACCUUUACAGAGGUGAUACAUGUCUUGCAAGCACAAGAACAACGAAGAUUGAUGAGAGAAAAUCAUGAGGCGGUUGAAUGUAAUUUAAAUUACACAGAAGAUAAUGCUCUCAUAGUCAAGAAAAAUAGAAGGAGCAAAUACAACAACAUACAGGUUUUUCCAUCUUGUCCCCAUUGCAAGAGAAAAGGUCAUCAACCCAAUUGGUGUUGGUGGAGGCCAGAUGUCAAAUGUCACAAAUGCAGUCAAUUGGGACAUGUGGAAAAGGUAUGCAAAUCUAAAGAUUCUGAAAAAGAUGUUCAAAUUGUGGAGAAUAAAUCAGAUGAGGAUAAAUCAGAGGAAGAUCUACUAUUUACAACAUCAUGCGUCCAAGGUAAGAAUUGA